GCGCCGGGGGGCGGAGCCGCGCCGCCGCCGGGCCGGGUUCGGGAAGGGCCUAGGCGCGGGCCUGGGUCAGCGCGCGUCGCCGACGGCCCGCGGCGCCAUGGACGACGAGGUGGUGCGCAUCGCUAAGAAGAUGGACCGCAUGGUGCAGAAGAAGAACGCGGCCGGGGCAUUGGAUUUGUUGAAGGAGCUUAAGAAUAUCCCUAUGACCCUGGAGUUACUACAGUCCACGAGGAUUGGGAUGUCGGUGAACGCCAUCCGCAAGCAGAGCACCGACGAGGAGGUGACGUCGCUGGCCAAGUCCCUCAUCAAGUCCUGGAAGAAGCUGCUAGAUGGACCAUCAACUGAUAAAGACACGGAAGAAAAGAAAAAAGAAACUGCAAUCACAUCACAGAACAGCCCUGAAGCGAGGGAAGAAAGUAGUUCCAGUGGCAGCGUCAGCAGCAGGAAGGAUGAGACGAAUGCUCGGGACACGUACGUUUCCUCGUUCCCUCGGGCGCCGAGCACAUCCGAUUCGGUCCGGUUGAAGUGUCGGGAGAUGCUAGCCGCAGCUCUCCGGACAGGAGAUGACUACAUUGCUAUCGGAGCUGACGAGGAGGAAUUGGGAUCUCAGAUCGAGGAAGCUAUAUAUCAAGAGAUACGGAAUACAGACAUGAAGUACAAGAAUAGAGUACGGAGUAGGAUAUCCAACCUCAAGGAUGCCAAGAACCCGAAUUUAAGGAAAAAUGUAUUAUGUGGGAAUAUUCCUCCUGACUUAUUCGCUCGAAUGACAGCAGAGGAGAUGGCCAGCGACGAGCUCAAGGAGAUGCGGAAGAACCUGACCAAAGAGGCCAUCCGGGAGCACCAGAUGGCCAAGACGGGCGGCACCCAGACGGACCUGUUCACCUGCGGCAAGUGCAAGAAGAAGAACUGCACCUACACCCAGGUCCAGACUCGGAGUGCUGAUGAGCCCAUGACCACGUUUGUCGUCUGCAACGAGUGUGGGAACCGGUGGAAGUUCUGUUGAAUUGGAAGAAUUGGAAAAAUUUCUGGACCAUUAAGAAAAUGGAUUUUAUAAUUAGUUUUAAAGCUAAGCAGAGCAACUAGUUUCCUGCAAAUCAGAUUUUUUAAGUAAUGUACAUCCUUUGGGUUAGAUUUUGUUCCUGACAGCAUCCCUUCCUGAAAAGCCGCUAUAGUGUCAGAGUAGUAGAAAGACCAUUUAAUUGUAUGGCAUCUGUUUCAAAACAUUCUUUCUCUUUUUUUUUUUAUAAGUAAGUUGAUAUUAAAUUUUUAUCAGUUAAACUGGCAGUUUCUUUUCACCUAUUUUCCUUCUUGAAGGAAAAUGUACCUUAACAAUAUUCCUGUCUGAGGCAUAUGUAGUAGAAAUGUUAUUUUUCUCAGUUAAUACAGAAAUGGAUAAAUGGAAAUUACAUAUCUCCCCCCAAUUUUGGCAUGUACCUGCAAAUAGUGAAGGAGGAGAAAAGGUAAUAUAAUUUAAAAUUUUAUCAAAUGUGUAUUCAGAUAAUACCAGCUUAUCUAAAUUGUACAUAAUAUUUGAACUAGAAUAUGAAAUUGAUCUUAAUUAUUAUGUUCAUAAGUCUGGGUAAAUUAGAUAUUUUGCAUUUGUAACUGAUCAUCACUUGUAAUUUCUUGUACAUGUUUACUACUUGUUCUUUAUUAAUAGAUUUAUUUCACUUUUGGAAACACGGCUUUGUUGAAAUCAGUUUGGUUUUAUUUGCCUGUUUCGAACAGCCUUUCAGUUUGGUAGACUUCCUAAAUCUCAACCCAGGCCGAGGGAAAACGCCCAGCCACUCCCCCUCCCUGGGAAGACCUGUGUUAGCAUUUCCCCUAGCGGAGUCCCUGUCAACAGUUCUCGGCUUGUCCUGGGUUUGGAGAUCUGUACUCUCCGGAGACUAAGUUUCGGACUGACUUGUAGAGUCCCUUGUAUCAUUAAGACCGGCCGUUCCCUGAGGAGGUUGCGGGUAAGAUAGAAGCGUUUUUGUCCAGUCUUGUUGUUGGAUGAAUGGGGUAGUAGGCGGCCUGUGACACCUUGGGUUGACACGGAAGCCCUGCCUGGCCGGCCGCAGGCACCACCGGUUCUGCUCGGAGUCGGGCUGGCUUCCACGCGGCUCCUGGGCUGCGCGUGCUCUGGCGUGUCCCGGUCACUGUCUCGGAGUCACGUCACCCGACCUCCGCCUUGCCAUGUUGAGCCUUGGCCCUGCUGCACACCCAGGAAGACAUCGGUGUCUGCUCCCCUGUCCCGUCUGUCCCCGGCCGUUCCUGCAGAUCAGGUGAUGUGAUACAGAGGACACUUCCCAGAGCUCCCGCUGAGGGCUGGCCACCGACCCCACUCCGCCCCUGCUGUGUAGGCCUUGGUUUCCAUCCUUUUCAGAAUUGAAGUGGAUUUUUGAAAGAACAAUUGAAGAAUGACGUUAAAAUUCUCCUGCGUUAAAAUUAAGUGAUCCAUUUUGAGAUUUGUAACUCAAUAAAGUUUCUUGUUAUUAAACACA